GUCACCGCUAGUUUUACUCUACCAGCGUCUAGGGCUCGGGAUACGGUUGACUAAGUUGGGGCGUGGCUCCUCAGUUUUUUCAACAUUUGCAUUUUGUGUUAUUGUGUUUCGUUUGGAACGUACUAGGAGCUGAGCUGCACCAACAAUUCUCUGUAAGGGAAGUAAGCCAACCAUAAGAUGGGAAUCGCAAGUGGUCUCCGUGACUCGUCUCUCUUGGCUAAACUUUGUUUUUUAAUAAUCUUUAUUGCCAACGUGGGCAGUUGGAUAUCUUUCACCACCACUUCCUGGGGCAUCACAGAUGACAAAUAUUACACAGGAAUUUGGAGAUUUUGCAAUAUGGGCGAUCCGAACAAUAAAUACUGCGCAAUGCUGGAUGGCUUCGCCAAAGUUUGGUUCGGAGUUUUCCAAGCGUUUGCUUGUAUUGGUUUCGCUGGGCUGAAUGCCUCAUGCUUGAUUAUCGCACUUUAUAUGUGUGGAGGCAGUUGUCACAAGAACUCUGAGACGGGCCUCUGUGCUUCUGUGUGCUGCAUAUUUACAGCGAUUUUCUGGCUCAUUGCUGUGAUCAUAUUUGGCGCCAAAUUUGAAGACGACAGUGACGUAUCAUUAAAUGGAAGCAAACGAUUGGGUUUCUCCUUUGGUCUGGCAGUAGCUUCCCUUGGACUGGAACUGAUCGUCGGCGUGUUGAUGAUAUUGGUUUCAAGAAAAUUAUAAUUGAAUUAAAUACAUUUCGCCAAUUAUCCAUCUAAAUAAUCCUAAAACAAAUUUAUUCACAAAUCACCUGUGCCCAUGUUCUUUUAAUGCCCAGUGAAGCAUUAAAAUGUGUGUGUGUAAUAAAAUAGCAUUAGACUUAAGCCAUGUGCAUAUACACGUCGUUUCAUUGCUGUAAAUAGAAAAAAAAAGUCUCCAGAAAAACGCAAUCAACACAACCACUAGAUUUCGUGACAUGAUUGGAAGUACCGCCAUCUUGUAGGUAUCAAACCUUAAAAUCAAUGCCUGCUGUUAAAUAUUUCUUUUAAUAUUUUUUUGUUUUGAAUCUAGCAAAUUAAAAUUUCCAUCAUUGCAUGGCUGUUUUACCAUGUCCCCAAUUUAAUGACCAACGCUUGCUAUGACGAGCUAAUUUAUAUGUUAUGUCUAGAUCUAGCAAAUUUAAUUCCGCCAUCUUGUAUGUAACAGGUCCACCAACACGUGACCACCACAAGCAAAUGCGCAGAUCACGUGAUUAUAUCAUUGAAACAUUUUGAUUAUCAUGUUAGUGCAAUUUUCAUUGGUUGAUUAUAAACAAAAUUUGCAUUACGUAUAUGUUGAUGGCAUGUGUGUGUUUGUUUAGAUUGCGGAAUUGGCUCAUUUUUUUAAACAAAUCUAUCAUUCAUUUGUUAUUUAAAGAAAAAAGUAUGCCUCUUAUAGGUCUUCUAGCUGUAUAGAAGAAUUCUUUUUAAAAAAAAAAAAGCUUUUUUUUUGUAACCAGCCUCUUGCAUGUUAUGUUAAUAUUGUUUUAGCUAAUAAACAAUGAAAUGUUGUAUAUUUAAUUAAUAUUUAAUCGCAAACUCUGUAAGUUUAUUUUAGUUAAACAUUUGAAACAUAAGAAAUAUAGAAUUUUAGCUCUUUAAUAUUUUGAAACAUGUAUUUUAAAUGUAACUAAAUUGUUAUUACAAAUUCCCUUUAUUGUAGGUGAUUUAAGUUCAUGUCAAUCGUUCUAAACCAGUGAUGCCCAAAAUACGGCCCGCGGGCCAAAUCUUGCCCGCCGAAACGUCGGCACAAAGUCUUAAAAAUUCCCCCCCCCCCCCCCCCCAAUAAAAAUGUUCAAAAUGUAUCUUUACCUAGGUUAGGACCCUUACUUUAUCUAAUGGAUUACUACAUAGGCAUUUAACAUUUGUGCGUUCAUAAAAUAAGACUAUAGAAUCUUUUCGGAAAAGUGAACGGAUCUUUACAUUUUAAAGUGUAAAGAGAAAAUUGAAAUAUCCCAAUGAUUCCAUGUAAGUACUAGAUCCUCGGGUUUGAAAUAAAAUAGUUUCAGGUCAAUUUCAUUCAGUUUUUGUAUCUUUUCCAUCAUGUAGCCCGCGACACUAGUGUUGGAAAUUAAAAAUGGCCCGCAGAUUGAAUUACGUUGAGCAUCACUGUUCUAAACAAACAAAACAAACAAAACAAACAAAACAAACAAAACAAACAAAACAAACAAAACAAACAAAACAAACAAAACAUAUCGAAGGUGGGCAACGAAAUAAACCGAUACGAGUUUGGAGUUACGGUUGUUGUCCCGUGGAGGGUUAGGGUUACGGUUGUUGUCCCGUGGAGGGACAGUAAUCUUGGAUUGGAAAUUAACGUAGUAUGAAUGAAUGGCAUACACGCUAUCACAUAAUGAAAUAUUCUUGUUCAAGUUUUUAUUCUGUCUAGAUUAUUUGUUUACAAACUGCAUUUAUUAUAUCAAUAAUAUACUCAUAAUUUGUUUGUUUCAAUGUAUAAAACAUAAUAUAUUAUAUAAUAUAUGAAGAUAUACUUAGUUUGUAAAUCAAAUAAAUCUACAUGGUUUUCCUUAUAUUUGUCCUGUACAUAUUUUACAUAUAAUAAAAUAUACAGUGUAUUGAA